AUGAUGGCGACUGUCUAUGACAAGGAUGACCCGGAGAGGCGUCGUCAAUUCCGCCGCAUACUCGACACUGUAGGCGAAGAUGCAAUACUGGCCUACCGUGAUUCGACUCUCGGUGCCAUUGAGGACGUUCUUCCUGUCCCUUUGGAGAUGUUCAAUGCUCGGAAUGCGUUAGAGUGGCUAGACAUCGACAACUUCAAGAUCUGGGUCGUCGGCUACCUGCAGAGGACUCAGUCCCACGCACCAUCGCAGCUCAGAACACCCCAGAGACGCACCCCGGCCCCGCGUCUCGUUGACGACUCGGAGACAGUUCAAAGACCUCGUCUGCGCCCGCUACAGCUCGGCUCCCCCGUCAAAUCUCCUGCAAAGCAUGUAUCUCGAUUUGAACUUGACCCGGAACUUGAGCUGUGGCCACCAGAUGAUCUCGCUGUUGAUGCAGCCUGGUCCGCGCCUAUGAUCCCGACCUGGGGAGAUGCUGUCCUCGAUUCUGAGCCUGAUGGUCACGCUAGCCUUCCGCCAAGCUCUCCGUCCCCGUCGAUGAGUUCUGAGCCGGAGCUUCAUCCACUCGAGGUCCGAAGAGAUGAUCUGGACUCGGAUGCUUCUCACCAGCUGCCAAACCGACAUGCGACACCGCGAAAGGCACACGUUAUUGCUAAAGGCAAGAGGAAGCUCAAGGAGGUCAUCGAGAUUGAAGAUAGCGACCUUGACGACGAUGUCGACAAACCCAAGCCAUCUUUGCCACGGCCACGAGGAAAGAAGAAGCCAAAGAGAGGUGACCGGAAGCUCGAGAAUGAAGAAUCCGACGAACCGGAGAUUGUCAUCACACGUGAACGGAGUGUCCGCGAGCUCAAGAUCCUUACUGACGUUCCACGCUGCUGGGAGGUCCCAGAGCCGGGGGAGAGCUUCGCAUUCUUGCUCGACCUCAGAGCCGAGCAUCUGAGGAACCGGUGGAAGGAUACUGAUGGGGAGUUGAUGUCCAUGGCGGCAGUCAUUAAGGCAGAGGAUCAGGACGCUUGGGGCAAGGGAACUGCAGGCUACGUCAACAGACCGGUCAUGGUCUCGGCCUUUGGCGAUAAAGAAGCAGUUCCAUGCCGCUAUGCGCAGCAUGAAUGUCAGGGAGUAUUCCACUGCGAAUUCAUCGACUCGGCCCUUUUCGAGGGCAUACAACGAUAUCAACCAAAUGAUGAAGACCGACGGGCAUUCUGGGAGGCUAUCCGUGCAAUAAGUGAGGAAGAUGGAACAUCGAAGCUGCGUCAAGCAGCGAGUUUCUACACGGAAGUCCACCGGGAUUUCAAGUGUCAGUGUGCGACUGAUAGCUCGGUCAAGCCGACGCCAAUUCUGCGGCACUUCAAGGAGAUGAGCAACACAGGCAAAGAGAUGUUCUUCGGGUGCUCUGGUUACCGAACGGGUGACAAGCCCAGAUCGCACACAUUCAUCCCGAUUCCAUCUUACAUAGAUGAGCAGCUCUUACUCGACAUGUGCAAGACGAAUGCGAGUACGAAGCACAAUGCUGAAGAUAGCGCAGUGGUUGGUGGCGAGUGCGCAUACGUUGUUCCCUGCCGAAGUGGUGGGAAAGGGCGAAAACAGUGCCCGUACACUCAUCUAGAGUACAAUGACGAUAGUGCUGUGCCUACACCCAAACUCGGUAAUCUGAAACGACGUCAAUGCACCUCAAGAAUCCGUAUCUGGACCCCGAUAGACAAUGAUGACCGGCGUGCAAUUGUCAUGCUUGAAGGCGCACACAACCAUCCUACGCCUGCGCUGACGAAGCCUUCCCGGGAGGCGAAGGAGAAGUACAGUGAUGCAGUGAAGGCAAUCGGGCUUCAUGGGCUAACAGUUGGGAAGGUGGACCGGGCUAAGAGCACGCAAGGGCUUAUGGGCGGGCUGACGCCAUCAGAGUUUGAUCCCGCCCUAUCCAACCGCCGUCACCGUGCAAAGAUAAUUCAAAACAUACGACAUGAUGCCUUUCCGCAUGGACUUGGACUUGAAGGUGUUAUGGCGCUUUACGAGAAGGAGUUCAAUUCUCUUCCUCUAAUUGACCGCUAUAUCCACCGCAUUUUUGCGGAUGGUAGUACGCGUGUUGUUGUUACAAUGUACGGCGGCCUCGCGGCACUCCUGCACAGCGCCAAAGCCACCUUGCACGACAACACCUACAAACGUGUCCACGGGAAAUGGAAGGAGUGGGAGGCCACCCUCUGGUAUGACCGGCUCCAGAUGCGUGUAACUUAUGCCCGAAUCUACUGUACCGAAGAAACACGCGAAGCAUUCGAUCUCAUGUGGACUGCCUUGUGGAAAACUGUCAAGGAUGUUACGGGCAAGGCAGUGAAGUUCAAAUUCAUGCAUGGCUGUGGUCUAUUAGGUAUUGUUGUGGAUGGCUGCAAACCACAGGCCGAAGCAUGCGGGGACGUUCUUCUGCGUCUCAACAACCCUGCUGAGACGAACAUCAAUGAUAGCGAUCCACAGGUCAUUAUCCAACGUAUACUUAAAACGUGUAUGGUUCACCUGGACCGGAAAUUCACUGAUCUCAGUAAUUCGUGUCCAGAUGAUGUUAUGAAGCGCAUUCGUCAGUUUCCAUACCUGAAGACGGAAGAAGAGCUGUCUGAGUUCCAACACUGGUGCGCGACCUCCUCGCACAAAGCUAUUCGGGAUUGGUACGCAGACAAGAAGCCACAUCCUUGGUUUUGGGCCUCUGUGAACAAGCACCUGUCGAAGAUUCCGGCGGACGAUUGGGACUUGAUUCCGGCCAAUACGAACCUCAAUGAAAGUGCACAUCCGUUUACGAAUCAGCAUACUGGAACGAACCUGCCACUGCUUGAUUCCAUACAGCUUGCACGUGAACUUGACGCAACAAUCUUGACGAAAAUUCGUAAAGCCGAGGAAGAUUGCAUUCUUCCCAACCACCGAAAUGAAUUCAGCCAGCGCCUGCGUGAGAACAUGCGUCGCGCGACAUCGAGGCACAAACAAGCAAGUGCUCGCACGGCAGCCUCGGAACAGCUUACAGAGCUGGAAGUGGAGCUUGCUGAAGCACAGGCGCAGCAACGAGAGGCGCAGGCAAAGAUCAAAACAUUGAAGGACCAGACAAAGUCGCUCAGGGCAACAGGUGCACGCAAGAAGACGAGGCCGACGAAGUAUCAAGACGGAGACGUUGCUGACGACCCCGCUGGGUCUUCGACGGUCAUCGAUGAAGGUGCCGCUUCAGUUCUCAACUCGGAUAACGGUUCCUCUGUCCCUCCAAGUUUCACGCCGGCCGACGGUCAGCCUUCGCACGCUCUGCCAGAAUCGUCCACGUCCGAGUCCAGUGCAGUGGCUUCAAGUCCGCAGAUACUAUAUCUCGACGACAAUCAACUUCAAGUUGAAGCUUCGGACUUCGACGGUGUCCUGGAGAACCCUCGCCAUGGGCAGCUCGAGGAAGCCAUAUCAACUCCGCCUGAGGACGAGGUGACGAAAGAUGAACCGCGUGCAUAUCGAGGCUUCAACUCGCCGCUCAAAAUUUGCUACAUUCCGGCGCUGGUGGGACGCACUGGCAGUGCCAGUGGUUGA